AUUACCAAGCACAAACACGUAAGUGGCGGGCUCCAACGGCCCUGGUUCAUGGUCGAUCACUGCCGAUCCAGACACGUAAAGACCGGCAACGUUCUUGAAGAAAUUGUUCUUAGGAUCCACCAAAACUGGUGGCGCACUCAUUUUAUCGCUCUCGUGGCCAAUGGCGUGUACAAGCGAUGGAUUAUCGCCACAGUUAACAUGAAGGUCGGCGACAUUGUCCGCAGUCAUAUCGAUAUUCCCCAUAUACCAGUGGUACCGAUUGAGGGUGACGCAUAUCCAAUUGGCGCUUUACCAGCCGGUACCACGAUCUGCCAGAUUGAAGCACAACCUGGCCAGGGUGCACUGUAUUGUACAGCGGCGGGCACUUCAGGUCUCUUGGUACGUCGCGGCUCUCGUAUUAGCUUAGAAAAGUCGGAGGGGCAGACAUCGAGUGAAACUGAUUCAAGUCUGGCUCCUAGUAACCACGACCCUAAAGAUGAACCUGAGCAUCGUGUUCUAAAUUUGCCUGGUGAAUGUGCAUUGAUUUUAUUUUCAUUUUUAAAUUAG